UUUUUUAUUAGAUACGAUAAGGUAAAUAAAUGCAAUAGUUAGCAUGUAUAUCAUUAAAGUACUAACUAAUAUUAAUCUGAACUGCUUUUGUAAACAGGGGUGCUAAUCUAAAUCUUUCGGAUGUUAGUAGUUCUGAUAGCACGUGAAUGCAGCACAACAUCUGCAGGAUGAUCCGGUCUUGGGACCCUCGUUUGAUGCGGGCUGUGACCACGCCCCCGUCCUGCACUUGUCAAAGAGCACGGAUCCCGUUUAACAUCAGAGUUGUCCCCGCAGACGCGCGCGCGCAGGAGACGUUCGGGAGAAACGCAGCUCUUCUUGGGUUUUUCUGCAACGAUGCUUCCGUUCAAGCGAACUUUUGACAGCGAGAAGCAGCAGCUGCAGGAGCUGAACAGCAGACUCGCCCAGUACCUGUCCCGAACCCAGCAGCUGGAGCAGGAAAACGCGCUUCUCAUCACUGAGAUUAGUCACCUGAAGCAGGUAAAGAAGACCCCCGAAUGGCAGCAAAACUACAGGGCGGAGAUGCACGACCUGCGGAGGAUGGUGGAGCAGCUGUCCUUUGAGAAGUCCCAGGCUGAGCUGGAGCGGGAGAAGCUGUGGCGGGAGCUGCAGACGGUGCAGUCCGCGUGCAGCGAGCAGACCGAGGCGUGCAGGGACAUGAGCGGGGAGCUGCAAAGCUGCGCGCAGGAGCUCCAGCAGUCGCACAAGAUCAACGGGGAGCUCCAGCAACGCCUGCUCCAGCUGCAGGACGAGUGCAAGCGCUUGGAGGAGGCUCACAGGCGGGACGUGCAUCACCUCCACAGACAGGUGGAUUCCCGAGUGGCGCCCUUCCUCACACAAACUCACCGUGGGGCGCCGGUGGUGUCCGUGGAAGAGGUGCAGAAGUAUGCGCGCGGCCUGUCAGAGGGAUGGAUUGAGACGUUUGAGAUGUACCAGAGGAAGGUGGAGGAGAUGGAGCGAGCGAUUCAAGAGGACCAGGCGAGGCUGAGUGACAUGAAGACGGAGAAAAUGAUGUACUCCUCCGAGCUGGGGAAGCUGCGCACGGAGACGCAAAGACAGGCGCAGACCCAGAGGCGUCUGGAGGAGCAGCUGAUGGCCAUGCAGCAGAAAUUCCAGCUAGAAUUCAAUGAACAUCAGAUGAUCAUUGAACAGUUGGAGCAUGAGAGGAACUCACUGGCUGAUGCUAUGGCGGAGAAGAUGAGGGAGCAUCAGCACCUUCUCCAGGUGAAGAUGGAUCUGGGCAUGGAGGUGGCUGCUUACAGAGCUCUCCUUGAAAAUGAAAAAAACGGACUGCAAGAUGCUCAUAAAAGGAUUAACAGACCUCAACGAGAAAGAAUAAUAGAUAUCAAGGUUCCAGCCCAAACCUACUCCCCCAGAACUUCCCUCCUGACCUCGUCACAACGCACAGAUAUCAAGUACACAUCACCGAUGAACCUGAGAAGAUCCCCCAAGGUUCCCUCUGGCUCCGUGAGUCCCCCAAGGGUUGUUCCAUUUUCACUUGUUGGGAAGGCUCGGCAUCAGAGCCCAGCUUCCAGAAGGGAUAUGAUCUCAUUCAACAAAGCUCAAGCUGCUGCUUCCAUCCCAUCGGCUCCUCCAACCCUCACCGUCAAAGAUAAACAAACAGGUCGAAUCGAAAAGGAAGAAAAUAGAAAUGUGCAAAAAACAGCCGGAGAGCAGGAAACUGGGAUAUUCAAACCAGACUCUGAGGACAAACGAAUCAGUCAUACAGCUGAGACCAAAUCGGUAAGGGUGGUGUCAGCUCCAGCAAUUAUUCUUGGAGCAAAAAAGGAGGCAGAAAGCAAAAAGCAGGUUUUAGAGAAGAAUGAGAGAGGCAGUGUGCAUGAUACAUUCAGAGAGAAAGAUCAAGCAGAGACUGCAACAGGUCCAACUGAGAAGAAGAUAUUAGACGCUGUGUCUGUAGAGGAGAUCAUAGAGAAAGUGAUCAAACCAGCAGGUUUAGAGGCUAAGGUCUGUUCAUCGGGAGACUCUAAGGUCACCUAUCAUGUUGAGAAAAGUGAGGAAGACGAUGGCAGAACAAAAACCCAGAUUGUGUUGGAGUCCAAAGUAGAAGAAGAGCUUGACAUUUCUGCAGAUUCUGCCCUGGAAGAACUCCUGAGUCAUGGUGUGAAGAAGGUGUCGCUAGAGAGCAUGGAUGAUACUGCAACAGCGAGCAUGAUCAAGAGUCUGAUAAGCAGCAUUCAAGGAGGACAAAAUCUACAAAACAGGUCCGUCAAUGUGGAGAUCAUCGAGGAACCCAUGGAGUCUUACAGUGACGAGGAGGCUGCGGUUGAACAAAAGAGCAAACCGAGCUUCUACGAGCCAUCAACAUACUUUCAAAUCGAGGAGCUAGAGCAUGUCCCUCAUGAUGUUCGAGAAGAAAGGCUGAGUGAUGAUGGCACGAAGUCCUCCUUCAGCACUACAGACUGGUCUAGUGGGAGAUCAGUGCAAGCCCAUGAGGUCCCAAGAGAAGAUGGGUCUCCACAUUUUUCCCACGUCCAAGAGUAUUUUGUGUCCACACCAGACGAAAACUUUUCUGAACCAGAAGGAGGAGGAAUAACAUCCUAUGGCCACUAUGGAGUUGUUGAUGACCUGUCAGAUGAGCGCUAUUAUCAAGAUGAAAGUAUUCCCCAGAGGAGAGUUAUUGUUGAGGAAAGUGACGAGUCCAAGUACAUGUCAGGGGAUGGCUCAUUUGGCAAGGAGAGUUUUCCAGAGUGCAUCAUUGAAGAGGAGGUCCGCGUCUCCCCGGAGGUGCAGGAGUCUUUCCUUGAAUUCCUGAGGGAGGAGUCUUUGGAGCCCAAAGAGCAGCUGAAGGGAGCUUUAGAGAAGCUCCAAACCUCAGUGUCAGGACCACUAAGGGAGGAGCUGGCUUUCCUCACAAAAGUUAGCAGUGAGAGUCCACAGAAUGUGGCUAUCAAGAAGGUGGAGCAGUCAGCUGACAAUGGAACAGUGACUGUAGUUGCAGAGCUUAAUGUGUCCCAAACCCUUGAAGACUCUGGUUUGCUGGAUUCUGAAGAUGUUUCUGAAGAGCAGAUCAUGGCAGCUUUGAGAUCUUCUAACCUUGCUCUGGAGAAAUCCUUAGGUGGAGGAGCAGGUGGAGGCUACAGCAUUAAGGUUUUCGAGGAAAGCGAGCAUGUCGGCGGUGAUGACUUCAAAGGCUUUAGCGAGGAAAGAAAGUUAACAUCAGAAAUGAUUGAAAAACACGUGAAACUCGGGCUGCCGGAGAAGUCCUUCACUUUUCAGAUGGAUGUCGAGAGCAGUUGUGCUGAGACGAGCUCCGACAAAGAGCUGCAGUUUGAAACGAUGGAGACACCAGAGAAGAUCUCUCACGAGAAAAAAGUUGCAACACUUUACCUUGAAGGUCCCUCAGAAAACUAAGUAAAUAAACAACCAAAAAAAAAA